CUGUAUGAAUGAACUCUAGACGGGACGGCCAGUAGCGGCUAAUGUGUCCACAGUGCUAGUUGUAUCAAUAACAGACGAUUUUGAGCUUACUGUUUUAUUAAGUUACUUAUAAGCCAGUUUAACAUAAACUAUUUUCUCAAUGGCAGCCAAGUGAAAUCCCCAGGAUGACAGAAAAGCCCGAAGUUCGCUUUGAAGAGGCGGAGCGGCAAAAGGGUGUUAUUCUAACAUCCAUUGCCGGCGUAUGCAUUCUCUUGAUAUGGAUCCUACGAUAUUUUCCAGUUCUAAUAACUUUGAUCAUCAUAUUGAGCAUUUAUUUGAUGACCGGAGAUAGAUAUCAAUGGGUGUACAUUUGGAAGAAAACUUUCUGGAGGGACAUGACCGGCCUGCGCGUCCUUUUAAUCACAAUGUUCACAAUAUCGCUGUGGGAUAAGACGGGAACAACAGUCGUCAGCAGAUGGGAAAAAGUUUGGAAGAAAGCACCUAAUAAGAAAGCAUUUGUUAUGGGAGAUAGAGCUUUGACAUUCCGUGAGGGUGAUGAAUUUAGUAAUCGCAUAGCCCGAUAUUUCAAACGACAAGGCUUUAAAAGUGGUGAAGUGAUUGCUUUAUUUAUGGAAACCCAACCAGAGUACGUCUUCAUUUGGCUUGGAUUGGCCAAGUUACGGGUGACCACAGCGCUCGUGAGCACAUACUUACGUGGUCCUCAGUUGAUACAUUGCUUGAGGAUAGCUGGUUGCAAGGCGGUGGUGUUUGGAGAUGAGAUGACAGACGUCAUAAAGUCAAUCCAAAGUGAGAUACCAGAUAUUCCUCUGUUCCAAUUCAAUUCACCGGAGAGGGAGUCAGCUCCAAUUCUGCAAGACACGAUCCCUCUAGCGACAGAACUUGACGAAAUGUCCAGCGAAAGAUUCGCCGAUGUCCAACCUGCUGGUACAAGGGAUACUCUGCUUUACAUUUACACUAGUGGAACCACUGGGUUUCCUAAGGCGGCUAUCAUUACUAACAUAAGGUACCUUCUUAUACCUCUUGGAGUACACACCACAGGUCGACUUACGUCCUCAGACAUAUUAUACGAUCCCCUGCCACUUCAUCAUACAGCCGGCGGUGUCUUAGGUGCAGGACAGUGUCUAAUCCUUGGCCUGACUGUUGUGCUGAGAAAGAAAUUUUCAGCAAGCAAUUAUUGGAGCGAUGUGGCAAAGCAUGGAUGUACGGCAACGCAAUACAUAGGCGAAAUCUGUCGUUACUUACUAGCAGUUCCUCCCGGUCCAUACGACAGAGCGCAUAAAGUAAGGAUCAUUAUUGGUAAUGGCUUGAGGCCUCAGAUUUGGGAGGAGUUCGUAGAGCGGUUCAAUAUAAAGAGAGUUUUGGAAUUCUAUGGAGCUACUGAGGGAAACAGUAACUUGGUAAACUUGGAUAACAAAGUUGGCGCCAUCGGUUUUCUUAGCCGGCUAGUAGCUUCUAUAUACCCUCUAUGCUUAGUCAAAUGCAACGAAAUAACGGGUGAAAUUUAUCGGGAUGAAAAUGGAAGAUGCAUGUGGUGCGGUCCGUUUGAACCAGGUCUCCUUCUGGGUAAGAUCGACGCCAAAAAGGCCAUUUUAACAUUUGCCGGCUAUGCAGACAAGACUGCUUCAGAUAAGAAAAUGGUACGAGAUGUGAGAGUGCAGGGUGAUUGCUACUUUAACACUGGGGAUAUACUUGUAAUGGAUCAUUACGGAUACUUCUACUUUAGGGACAGAACAGGAGAUACUUUUAGAUGGCGUGGUGAAAACGUAUCUACUGCAGAGGUUGAAGGAGUGAUCAGCAAUUUAGCUGGACUUAAAGACACAAUUGUUUACGGUGUCGCUAUCCCCAACACCGAAGGCAAAGCUGGAAUGGCAGCCAUAAUGGACCCUGAAAGAAAAUUAGACCUAGAAGCUUUGGCGAAAGGCCUUAAAACUUCCUUAGCAGCAUAUGCCAGGCCCUUAUUUAUAAGACUUCUCCUAGAAACUCCCAUUACUGCCACAUUCAAGCUGAAGAAGAAGGAGCUAGUGGAACAAGGGUUCAAUGUAAACGCCCAUAAAGACCCAAUGUUCUUUUUAGACCAGAAAACGGGAUCCUAUGUACCAUUGACUCAGAAACUUUAUGACGAUCUGAUUCAAGGCGUCAUUAAAUUGUAAAAAAAAUAUUUAAUCUGUGAUUUGUAACAUGUUAUCUAUUUAUUUGUUAGGAUGGAGAUCAUUUUACAUAGGUACCUAAUAAGUACCUACUAUAAAGUAUCAGCUCAAACUCUAAAUUGUAUACCUGUUUUUGUACCUACUAAGUAUCACUAUCAAAGUUUUCGACUUAUUUUAAGUUACUAAUUUUUAAAGGAAAUAAAUAAAAAUAUACCUACCUUCUUGCAAAUUACGAGUGGAUAGUACUAGUACCGUGGAAGGUCGAACAUGACAAAUCUAGAAUUUAAGUUUUAGUUUUACCUACAGCUACCUACACGAGUCAUAGAGUGAUAUCAGAGUGAACUAGGGAUACUGGCGAUUUUAUGGUCGUAUCUAUUUGUGACGCAACGUCAGUGUUCACGUGCGUACGAAAAAACUGGAGAUUUUUUUUAUAUUUUAAAGCAUUCUAAUUACCAAAGCACCUGCCUGUUGGCGUACACCAGGGUCCAUUCCAGGGGCUUGGUAGCCGAACACUACCUAUAUUGUGAUUCUAAAUUUAACUUUCGCACACAUUUGCAUUCCCGGUAUCUAAGACUUAGGAUUAAGCAUAACCUAAUAUUAUUAUUGUUUUUGUUCCCGAGGGCGGAAAUGUUCAAUCUAGUUUUUGCAAUCAUUUUUUGGACUCCACGUUUUACGAUGUUUCGUCAUGCUCAAUUUCUAAGUACCUAACGAAUAGCAAUUUUUUAUUUAAUGACCCCUAAUUUUUUGUAUGUUUUUAUGUUCCUUGAAUGAAUAUGAAUUUUGUAUCAUUUUUCUUUUUUGUUUUAUAGAUAAGUAGGUAUACUUAGUUGUUUUUUUUGCAGACAAGGCAAUUUCUAGAAUGCCGAUUUACAUUUGGAUUGGGAUGCACUUAUUGUGCAAU